ACGAAUUAGAAGGAAAUAAAAGAAUUGCAAUAUAGAUUAGAGCAAAUUUGUGAUUUGUCAAUAUAUCGAGCUAACUGAAGUUUCUAUGACAACAAACAGUUCUGUCAUCAUGUUACUGUUAGUACUUGAACGAGAAAUGUGUUAAAAUAAAGUGUACAACGACAAUGAGUGCGUUGAAAACUCCAAUAGAUUAUAGAGGUUUGGAAGAGGAACUACAUGCGGCUCUCGUAGCCGACGAAUUAUAUAAAUUACAAAACGACGCUAAAAUUCGAGCGAUUGAACAAGCAGUACCGACAUAUGAGCACUUCAAACAGAUGGUGAAUGGCGCUCAUCUGAAACCUCUGGAUCGCGAUGACAUGAAACCUAAAAUCGGUGUAAAAUGGAAUCCUCUGAUCAAUAUUGCUAGACCUGAUUCAAAUGCAUCUUUGAAGGAAUCAAUAUGCAACAAAAAUAACAACGAAAAUAUCGCGAAAAGAUCUCACGAGACAUGUGAGAACUUUUUACAAACUUGGAAGACAAUCGCUGACUACUCCGAAAAAUUUACCUACAUGUGGAAUCUAAGACACAGUUUGCAACGUUAUGUCUUUCGGAUAGAAAUCCCAGCGUCUUUCCUCGGCGAUUUCAUUAACGUGUGUCUGCAGCAUUUGUCAAGGAUGGAUGAUGUUACAUCAGUUGUAGAACUUCUUGACGUAUUAAGCGCGUGUAACCGGUUCGAUCUGACGGUGUGUUUCAUGACAAGAGACGAGCAAUCUGCAUGUGAACAGCUUUUCCGACAGUUGCAAUUAAAAGUAGGAUCGUCGAACGAAUCCCUGGAAAGAACGAUUAAAUCAUUAGCCGCGAAAUAUCAAAUCAACCUCGAUUAAAAAAGCACAGAAUAUUCUAAAAAUAGAUUAACAUUAUAACAUUAUUACAUUGAACUACAUCUCCUCUAACUGGAAUUAGUCAACUUCAUUGUGUUAUCAAUACGAUACAAGAUAAACGGGAGAAAUAAAGCGAAAUGAUUGAA